AUGGAUGGCGCUUCUCAUGAAAAGGAAUGCUCAUUAAAUAGUGGUACUGCGCCAAUCAAUGAACAGCGGUUAGCAUCCAAUGAUAGCACCCCACGACGUAAGAGGCUUGCGUGUACCAACUGUCGACGGAGGCGUAAGAAGUGUGAUCUGGAACAUCCUUGUGGAAAUUGCGUCAGGUUGAAUCUGGAGUGCAUUAUGAACGUGGAAGACAUGAGGAAGAAAAGGCACGCUGCGAGUUAUGUUGAAACGCUGGAAUCACACGUUGCCUUGCUCGAAGCCAAAGUCAAGUUAUUGUCAGAUCGGCUAUCUCUAGUGGAUGGAAGUGGCGUUGAGGAUGUAGACUUAGAACUGCGUCACCCUCAGGACGGUCUAAACCUUAAGGCUUCGAGCCGUGAUCUGGACAGUGCCAGAGCGGGGAGUCUCGUAGGAUCAACCUACAGUGCAUCUAAUAGUAACCAUGACGAUGGGUUGCGUAAGAAGGGCUUUGUUAAGGGCAGUAUAUACCCUGAAGGGCCAGCAAGUUAUAAGCCAAAGAAAGUGGAUCAGACUAUGUCUAACCCGAAGCAACGGAUUGCUGAUCUGAAGACGGCAGUAAUUGUGCGUAAAAGUCAUGAGGAUGGAGAAGCUUUAAAUGCCAAUGAGGAUAUUUUGAGGAGCCUGUCCAACUUCUAUAUCUGGUUGUACCCGGGUCAUUUCGUAUUCGUUCAUCGAGAGAGCUUUCUCUAUGGUUUCUUCAACCAUAGCGAAGAUAAUUAUGAGAACUCCCAGUACUGUUCUGAAGAACUAAUUCAUGCAGUUGCUGCUGUAGGUGCCAGAUUAGUACCAGAGAUGCGAGCACUGUCGGAUAGCUACUAUCACAAGGCCAAAGAGAAGCUUCUACAGGUUGUUUUCGAUGAGCAAAGUAUUGCUAAGAUUACUACUGUACAGGCACUCCUAUGCCUGGCUUUCUAUGAACUAGGAGAUGGAAAUAACCAGAUGGCAUGGUACUUUUCGGGCCUGGCAAUCCGGGUGGGAUACGAUAUGGGAUUCCAGUUGGAUCCUCGAGUAUGGGUCACAGAUGAGUCCAGUUCCAACAAGCUUUCUCAAAGCGAGCUGGAAAUCAGGAGCAGAAUCUAUUGGGGGUGCUACAUUGCAGACCAUUUCAUCUGCUUACUGCUGGGAAGAUCUUCUACUUUAAGCGUUUCAAACUCAACCAUACCCGAAAGCGAUGAGUUACCCGAAAUGAAUGGAACGGAGGAGUUUCGAUUUCUAAGUCAGCAUAUUUUACAAGUAUCGUUGCCCCUGAAAAACCUGUUGAUCCUGUCCAGGAUUGUACAGGUUUUCACGGCCAAGAUAUUUAUAGAGCCAAGCAGCACUGCACAACGCAUUGAACACCUUACUAAGUUUAAUUUGCGUGUUUACAAAUGGCGGCAGUCACUUCCGGAAUUCUUGAAGUGGUCAAAAAGCGUGAUCGAAAACUUAGAUCGCUCGACGGAUCCUACGAUAUCUUACUUCUGGUACCACUACUACAUUGUCCUGCUGACAUUCAAUAAACCGUUUAUGGAGGAUUGUAGGGAGUCCGAGACACUGGUGCUGGAGGUGUUGAGCGAACUGAAAACCAUGCUUUCGAAUUUCGAGACCAGGUUUGGCAGCUUUGGGAAGGGAGGUAUCUACCAGCUCUACAGCUGUUUGUUGUCCGUGGCGUGCUCACAGAAACUCUCGAAUAUGAACGCUGGAAGCGAAUCCGCGAGAGAUUUGGAUUUCUUCAAAAAUGUGCUGCAAAAAUUCAGCAGCAGCUACGACCUGCCCCGUAGACUGCUUGAUGAACCGGACCUAGAAAUGGACAAGGACCCCAUGUUCUUCAACCAGCUGAACAGUUUAACGUACACCUACGACUUUUCCUUGAGCGACGAGAUCGACGAUCUGAUCAAACAUGUCUUUGGGUUCGAAAACUGGACCUUCAACUCGAGCCAUUCGGUGUGA